UCGAAAAAAAAACUUCACCGUCGAUUGAUCCUCAUCAACACAAAACCUUUUUAAACUGGUAACAAAUCUGAAUCUUUUUGUUGUGUGCAGAAAAUUCCAGAGUAUUAAAAGGGCACAUCUCUCCUGUGUUCAGCAUAUAUACAUAUAUAGAUUGUAUAUGUAGUGGGCGUUCCUCACUAUAUACCUGUGAGUUUGCAGCUCAAACGGCAAACGGUUAGUGAUGUACAUAAACGCAGGGAAGUAUGAUCGACUAGACGUCAUUGAGUUCAAAUUCACGUGAGAUUUUGUAAAGUUUGUUUAAAGUUGAUUGAGAUUACUUCGAAAAUCAUUUAAUUUACAUUUAUGUUUCUCACUUUCUGAUAACGGUGGCGGCUAGGGAGGCUAAAAUUAAAUGUGAUAAUUUAAUGGUAAAAAUCAACUGGAUCUGACUUUAGUCAAAAAGAUAAAACGAACUAACAUAUUCAGAACUUAAAUUUAUAUGAAUCAUGGCACUUGAAAUCUCCACGGAAUGUUCUAACCAAGGUUGAUUAAUUAAUAGUAAUUAUAAUAACAAUUAAAUAACAAGAAUAAUUGAAAAUGAAAAAAAAUGUCAUGGAAGAUGAAGGUAACACCACUACUGGGCUAACAACAAUUCUCCAGAACUUAGAGCGGGUUACUACGGAAAUGAGUAAAGCUAUUUACAAUGGGACAACCUCCGUGGAUUAUCCCACAAUUUCAGAUUUCAUCAACGAAACAACACAGGUGGAUGUGUUGAAGGCUGUUGCUACACCACCAACAACGAAUUCAACAAGGAGUUGUACAACAACCACUACUGAGGAGCCAUUUGAUGAGUUUGGCCCACCUGAUGGAGUGGAAUACAUAUUUGUCCCACUCGGGGUGAUGAUAUUCGUAGUGAUACUCACUGCAGUGGUAUUGAUAAUAUCAAGAAGACGAAGAAUGGAGCGUCUGAGACACAGGCUCAUGCCCCUGUACAACUUUGACCCAGGCGAGGAGGGUGAAGAUGAUUGGGAAACUGAAUUACUCGACGAAGGACUCGGAAGGACCCAGAGACGACAGGGAUAUCAGUCGAUGGAUAAUGAAGAGAAUGUCGAAUUAUUUAGCCACUGACGCACGAUUCGUCGUGACUGCAGCAAUAAAAGCGAUGAUAAUCCAAUGAGGAUACCACAUCAUUUCUUGAAUGUAACGGAUGGCAAUGAUGAGGGCGUGGAAUUGCAGUCCAUCGACGAAGAUGUGUGCUGACAGUGCUCUCGCACUACGAAAAUUUAGCCAAACAUUUGAAUGGCAGCAUUUCCAUGUAGAAUUAAUAAGAUCCAUACUAUUUCAUUCUUGAAAUUGAGGAGUGAUUUUAAUUUUACAGAGAUGUUUGAAUGUUGAAACACUAGGAUCAAUGAUUUUCUUCAUAUUUAACAUCUUAUAGAUAAAAGAGGGAUAAAAUAAGGUGUAAAGAAGUGGUACACCACAACAUAUCGACUUUCCGCACCUUCGACAUUUCUUAUUCCUGAUAAAGUUAUCAAAAUGUUCUACAAUAGAUGGGUAAUACAAUAUAAUUUUCAUUUCGGCAGUUUUCCUUCCAAGAUUCUCACUAUCGUACUCAUGCCAUAAUUGGAAGGAAAGUCAUAGAAUAUCUCUCAAGGAAUUUUAUUUUCGACUGUUCUUUCUGGCCCUCUCUCAAAACUGUGUGAAAGAAAUUUGACGAACGAAAGAUCAUUUAUGUCGAGAAAUUUUUAUAAAGACUAUCUGAACAGAUUAAAUUCUAUGGGGAGAUCAAAAUCUUUCAAUUGUGUCGCAAAAUAAAAAUUUCUCUCAAAAAUGUCUCUAAGUUCUAUUUUUCUUUGAUUUUUUUUCAAGCAUGUAUUUUAUAGUCAAUAUAUCUAUAAAACAAAUAGUGUGGCAGGUUCCAUGCGACUGUUACUCUACGCAUUAUGUUUGCUCCUUUCAUUUUUAUUUCUAACGUUAGGACCAAUUUAAUUGGUAUGUAUGCUUCCGAGUGGAUUCGAACUUACUCUGGAAUCACACACAUUCGGUCACAGACACAUAUACCCGACAAUAUUCUGGAAAAUCAUAAUAUAAAAACCAUAUUGUGAUGUUUUUUUAUAUUACUUACUUGAUAUUACUUUUGAAGUCAUCUCCAUGUGUGAAUAAGUAGGAACAUGACAACUUAUCAAUUGUUGAAGGAGAUAAAUGGCUUUAUCUCAAGAACUAUUGGGUAGAUAGAAAGGUCUUAUUUCGAAUUUAUAACUCAUAUUAUCAUGCAAGCAAGCGAGUUUCAAGAAAAGCAAAUUAAAAAAUGGCCAUAUCUCUAGAACUUCGAAUGAACGAAUAUUCAUAUUUUGAUUUCGAAAUGCUGAUUUGAAAGGGAAAGUCAUUGAAGUCGGUUGAGUAGAUUUUGAGAUAUUGAAGAGUUUAAAAAAUAAUACCUCAUGGAUUUUCAAAACUAAGAGAGAUUUUCUUCAAAAAGUUCUGUCACACAAAAAUAUCAAUUUUUCGGAGAAUCCGAAAUCCAAAAUUUUUUAGAGACCAGCUGUUAUUUUAUUGUAUUUGAAUCAGGCAGAGUCGCUAAAAAUUUUUGAUUAUAUUAUAUGUAAUUAUUUUAAAAUAAUUUGUUAAUUGUUGAGGAUGUAGUCAACGUUUCAUUAUUCAUCCAACUUUUCAUGAAUUCUUCAAGAUCUAGGAGUAUUUGGCCAGUCAUUCUGUAUGCUAGCAUAGUGAAGAGUAACAAGUGAAAACUUUUUUAAUUGUGAAUUUCCUAUAAAAACAUGUGAAUAAUUGUAUUUUUUUAUAACGGAGCAAAGUUACGGUUGCUUAUGAAUAUAUUUCCGAAUGAGAUAAACUCUGAUUCUAGUUCAUUAUCUUCUUUGAUAAAUGAAAUUUUAAAAAAUACACACAAUCCACACACACACAUACACCCACACGAGACUUUUCAGGCUACGCUUACUUGCAAAAUAUUAGAAACUUAAUUUUUGAACAAUAGAUUGCUCUCAUUUGAUAGCAAAAAUUAAUUGUGUUAUCUUGUAUCUCGAUCACGAAUAAUCGUAUUCGUAUCAUCUUUUGAUUAAAAUGAGAACGCAUUGGAAUGAAUGUUUUAAAUCAUAAUUUGAUUGAUUUCGCAAAUGUUUUUUCCAUUUCAUUCAAAAACCGAUUUUUGAAAACACAUCUCACAAAUAAUAUGUUGUAAUUGAAUAAUGAAUAUUGCAAUUACUAUCAUAUUCUAAUAGAAUCAAGAAGUCAUUGACGUAAUUGUAUUAUCAAUCAUGAUUAAAUACCUUUAAAUAAUGAUUUUUAAAGUGAUUGUUAAAAAAUUGAUUUUGCAAGAAAUAUCAUUAUUUUUGAAACUUACGAUAAAUUGAAUCUUCAACGGUGUCAAAAGGUCGGGCUGAUUAAAGUCCAUAUUCAGAAAAAAAUAAUAAAUUUCACUAGUUUCCUUAUAAGAAGAUUUCAAAAAAAUGAAUGCAGACCUGAGACUACCCAUAUGCAUACAUACAGACAUAAUCUAAAAAUUUGAAUGUGGAAAUUACAAAAAAGGUUUUUGGAAUGCAGCCAUUUUUCAGAUAUACGUAUAGUUAACGAAACUUUCCCUCUUGACUUGAAUCGUUCUACUAUUAUUCCGAUUUCAGUGCUUAAAAAUAUUAUGGGACGCUCAUGAUCGAAAAAAAUUCCCAAAAAUGUUGGAAAUAAUUCGAUAAUCCUAUAAAAUUACUUGAAUUAGUCUUUAUGCAUUUCGUUUAUUCGAUCGAUUAUAAAUUCUACAACAGCUCUAAAAAUUUAGUCUUUGGAGGGCUUUUCAACUUUUAAAUUGAAAAUAUCCGUACUAGUCGAAUGUAUGUCAUUUUAUCAAUCUACCUGACAUUUAUUUUAUUACAUAGAACACGAGGAAUCAUAAUGGUUACAAUUUAAUUGUAUUAAUAUCCAGUACUUUUACAAGUUUCAAUCAUUGAUGAAAAAGAAAUACCAAUCGUGCAAUGUAUUUCAAGUAUAAUUCUUCAACUUUGAGGCGAUGAUUGUUCAUUAAAUGUUAAAAUUCACAUGAAAAGGGUGAUCGAUUCCACAUCGUCACAUCUAGUUUUCGAAACUAAUGUCAAAUUCCUCUUUCGAUUUUCGACACGACGUCAUUUUUUACACUAUUGAGAUCACUCUUUACUUAAAAUAUGGGGAACUGGCCGAAGAUUAAACGGUACAGAACUCAAAUACCGUCGAAGGUUUUUUUCAUGUGGACGUCUCCAAAUAAUAUUUAAGGGUGUACUUCAUCAUGACGCUUGAAAAUUGAUUCAAUUAUAGUUUUUAGUAUAUUAUGUUCAUAUCUUGUAAAUACUGUUUAUACAGAAGUUGACAAAAAAGAAAUUGACAAAUCUCUAAAUUGCUUCAAUUAAUCGCUACAUGACAAAUGAAGAAAGUGCAAUAUUUCUGCAAAUGGAUUAAUAUUAAACAAUCAAUACUAAUCAACUGUACUACAGCUGCGUCCAUGCGAUUCUGGAAUGUAUCUUUCAACGUGCCAAAGACUGAGUAGCCGGUGACAAAAUUCGAAUCUAAAAAAUUUUAAAAUUGCUAAUAUAAUGGCCAAUGGAGAAGAUACUUCCAAUUAAAAUAUGUGGCAACUUAUGAAAUACGUGCGUACUGCAGAGAACGACAAUCUGUGGUGUCAAUUGCAUAAUUAUUCAUUUUUUAAAUUAAAGGGGAAUUAAAAAUCCUUUGAUUAGAAUCAGAGGAGAGACGAUUCUAUGAAUAUUUAAUACUCGUCUUUCUGUACUGGAUUAAGCUAAGAUUAUCUUCGAUUUGAGAUUUAGUCAGAAACUUCACCUGUGAUAGACUCGACUGUUGCGCAUUUUUCAAAUCUGUAGCGAAGUGAUGGAGAGAGACAAGUACAAAAAUUUCAUAUAGAUUGUUUUCUUCGUUCUAAUUUCAACCAAUUAGAGUGCAGUAUUCAGAGUCGCGUCAUAUCUUCACAUCAGUUUUAUUUUGAUCUAAUCUACCCCGCUUCGGGUGGAUUAUCAAGGUGAUAAUUCCACACUAGCCUAUCAAUUGUUUUCCUAUUUUUGACGGAUAUUUCCCAUACAUUCGUUACAUGUUUCACGUAACCCCAAACGCGGCACUUUAAUCGGUUAAAAUGAGAACACAAAAACUAUCCUCCGAAUGCUCUUCGACUGUAAAAAUUCAUUAAAUAUGUUCACUCAUGUUUUCCUACCUAUAAAUUAUCAGCAUAAGUUUUCCAAUAAAACCCCUUUCGCACCAAAACUAUAAAAAAAAGUGUCGGGGUAUGACAACGGAUUAUCUUUGAAAUGUCUCGUUCGCUUGGUAUAUAAAAAGAAAUAUCAAGCAAAUCUUUUCUUAGUCCAUGAAAUUCAUUAAGAACACCGAGUACGAUGUUUUUCUCCCAGCCGCUUAUUCCAAACAUACUCAUGAAAUAAUCUGCAAAAUUAUUUUGCACUCGGCGUUUCUUAUUCCAAUAGUGGGAUAAUUUUUAAAUGCCUCCAUGAAUGAUGAAAAUAAUCAACUCUAUCUGUUUUUAUUAAUUCGGUAUAAUCCAAUGUGUAUUGUUGCAAUAAUCAAAUAGCCAGUUACACAAAGUUGUAGCUAUUUUUCUGUUCAUGUGAAAAAACAACCACUUUCAGCAUCAUUUGCAAAAGGAAUUGUAGAUAAUAAUGCAGUAGUUACAUACAAUAAAAUCGUAUAGCUGGCCUAUGAAUCAUGUAAUGGAAAUUAUUAAACGCUCUUUUAGUCAUAUUGUAAUCUUUCGGAUAUAAGAGCGUAA